AUGUUUUAUUUCCUCCUGCACUUCAGCGGACUCGCCCGAGGGGAGACAUACCGCAAGCACAUGAGUCUCAUGGAGAGUGAGGAAGGUAGGAAGUGGCUUCAGCCGCGGCUGCCCCAUGUUGGACUCACCUUCAUCAACUUCAGGGGCAAGAGCUCGGAGACACUUUGGAAGGGUGACUUGGCUGCUUCCUUCCGUCUUGACCCUGAGCACGUGGCUGUAGGGGAUCGACGCGUUCAAUGCCGCUCGAUGGGAAGAAGCCAUGCAGCAUUUCUGGUACCUGGCUCUCUUGCCCGUGUCCUCCUGGAAGCGAGCUUGCCUGACAUUUCCUCUCUUCCAAGGGAAACUUCGAGACUGUCCAGCUUCUACAAGGCGUCAGCUCUGUACAACAUGGCACUGCUCAAGGAUGUAGAGGGCGAUGAGAGUACAGCAAGGUCGCUGCUGCUCGAGGCCAUACAAGCAGGAGGCGUUGGAGGAGGUCUGGGGGUGAAGCUCGAUGUGUUUCCCAUGGCGGCUGCCUGCCACACCCGACUGGGCCUGAUCCACGCUCGAGACAAGGACUACACGGCAGCUCUCAAGAUGUUCAAACGAGCAUAUGAGCUUGACCCUGAUGACAUAACGGCAAGGAGAAAUAUGAUUGUUGUCUUGGACGCUUUCGGCUCGAAGCAGGAGUCCAAGGCGUUGAUUGCAGUCAUCUAUCAGGAUGAGUAUCAAAACAUGGUGAACGAGGACCCAAACUUUGCUUCCAUCGCCUUGGAUCAGGUACAAGUCAUGCUGCAAGCUGGAGAUCCGGUGAGGAUGGAAGACAAGCUGAGUGACUACUCUCUUCCAACCUGUCGCAUCCUGGACGGUCAGAGGUCGCUGCAAGCUGGCAUCGAAGACGACCCCACGGACGUGAAUGCUUGGUACCAGCUGGGGACUUUCUUCAGAACUCAUGACAUGGUCUGGGACUGCGUCCGAGCCCUCAGCAACGCUCUCCGCAUCUUGCCGACCCACGCGCCCUCGCUUGCUGUCAUGGGAGGAACUCUUUCAGGACCUGUAUGCUCGAGCAAACCUCGUCCUCUCCCUCGCCUGGACUUGCCAGUUUUCACCCUCUUGAGCCAGUGGGACAAGAACAGAUUCCACAUGAAGCAUUCCUUCGUGAAGGAGUUCGUUGAGCAGCUUCAAGGAGGAAUUGACACUGACCUCAAGAGCUUCCCUGCUCCUGCUCAUAUGCUGUUUAUCAUUGGGACGCCUCCAACAGACCUGCCUCUUGCCACCUACCGCAGGUGGGUCGAUCUGUGGGCAGAGGAGCAAGCAGCGCGGAUCGACUUCACCAUGUUCUUCCCCUCCUAUCCUAGAUACGAGGGCGGGAAACUGCGAGUAGGAUGGGCGUCAGGCGCUGGGUUUCAGAAAUCACCAGGAUCAUCGGCCAUAAGAGGAGUGUUUGCUCUCCACGACCGGCGGACGUUUGAAGUUCACUGCUUCGCCCUCAAGCCCGACCUGCGAGCCAACGACCUGAGGGGGAACGUGAGCGGCAGCUGCGACUUCUUCUAUGAGAUGGGGAACAUCGCCAAUGAUAAGGAUCUUGCGACCCUCGUCAACUCCCACCGUCCUCACGUUCUUAUCGACGUUUCGGGCUUCAGUGGUGACCACCGGAUCAAGUUCUUGGCACACCGCCCUGCCCCUCUCUCCUUCACCUUCUGCGAGUACCCCGGGACUCUAGAUCGGAUCGCCUCUCCUCCGGAGUUUGAGGCACUUCCUCUCCCUCUGUCCUUCAAGCACAGCAUCUACUCUGAGAAGCUCCUUCUCGUCCCUCCCCCCUACCUGCCCAACGACUACCGAGCGACUGUUCGAGUCCCAACGCACGCCAUGGGUCGGCUGCCGGAGGAUGAAAUUGUUUUCUGUGCCCUCCACCACGUGUGGAAGAUGGAUGAAGACAUCUUCUCCGUCUGGAUGGAGUUGUUGCUCCAUGUUCCGGGCUCCAAGCUGAGACUUCAAGAGUGCGCGGAGGAGGCCAAGGUCACGAUGCGGCAGUUUGCCAGCAGGAAGGGCGUCGACCCGUCUCGACUCGUCUUCAACCCCAAGAUCGGAGACUACUACGAGCAUGUCGACAAGCUCUCCAAGUGCCGCUUGUUUCUUGAUGCCCCCAAGUACAACGCGCACACUAGCGCUGGAGAUGCGCUCUGGGCGAACGUGCCUGUGAUAACCGUACCACAUCAAAUGAUGGUUCACAGGGGAGCUGCAUGCCUUGUAUACUCCACCAAUGUGACUUCAACCAUCGUGCGCAACCUCGAGGACUACAAGGUCAUGGCCCUCCGCCUCGGCUCUGACAUAGGCGCGCUGGAGCAGGUGCGGGAGCAGAUGCAGAGGUACAGGUAUACCUCCAACAUGUUUGACACUGCGCGGUGGACAGCAGAGCUCGACAGGAGCAUAAAGGCAGCAUGGGAGGCCAAGUGGCACCGGGUUGGCUCUCAAGCUCCUUCAGAUAAGGAGCCGGCAAGUCAACGAGCUUCCUUCCCAUGCGACCUGACCGUCCUCGUCACAUCCUCGUCAGCCAGCCCUCAGAUCUCCUUGCUGUCCCUUCUUGCCUUGUCCUCGCCGUCGGAGCCGAGCCCUCGCAAGGACAAGCUAGAAUGCAAACGAGGAGCAGCCACUCGAGCUCUGCAGAGCCUUCGGGCGGCAGCAUGGCGCCUACCAUUGCAGCAUACAACAAAAGACCUAAAGAAGUGUGCUCUGGUCACCAUAGAGGGCAACCAAGCUUUUGCAAACUUCGGUGGAGGCGGACAGGGGGACGUACCAACAGUCCGGGGAGUAGCGAUCAUCCCUGAUGGUGCAGCUGACCUGGAGAUUCUGAUCACGGGUGAUGCCAGGAGGACAUUGCCAUUGGGAGAUAACCAUUCUGAAGAAGUUCCCGGGGACACCGAUCCGUAUCGGCGUGCAGCGUCCGCUGGCCUGGUACAUGGACAGCAAUGGCGACAUGUUCAAUGGGAACAAGGGUAUCGACGGAUCAAGUUUAGAAUCAACGGCAAGGAAGUAGGCGGAGUGAUUGAGCAAGUCACUGGAGAGGUCCAGCUUGCUGUACAACUGUUCAGCAAGGGCGACAAAGUGAUGCUGGAGGAUCAGGUCAUCCCAGACGACGAUGAGCAAGCUCUUGAGAAUGAAGAAGAGAGAUAUCAAGAGAUGAAGAAGCAGGAGGAAUUGAUUGAAGAGGAGAGGAAGAGAAGAUGGGACGAAGAGGAGAAGAAGAGGCUCCAGCUGGAAGAAGAGGCAAACAAGCGGAAGUUGCAGGAAGAGCGAGAAAAGAUGAAGAUAGAACGCGAGAAAAUGCAGAAAAAAUUUGAGGAAGAACGAGCAGCAGUCACGGUUGAGUUCGAACAGACUACUCCUGAAGAUUUGGUCCUCACCGAAGUUGAUGACGUUGCUGACAAUGUCUUGUUUAUCAGCAACACCAGAAAUCCCAGAAAACCUUACAAACUCGAUGAAGGAAACGGCACAAGCAGAAAAUUCACCAGAGGAGAAUAA